CCAUGACCCUAGGCGGCUGCUGCUGCGAGAUCAUGUCCUCCGAGAGCUCUCCGGCAGUGCUGUCCGAGGCCGAGGGGGACAUCGACGUGGUGGGCGGCGGGGGCGGAGGAGGAGGCGACCCGUUGCUCAGCGCCGCCGCCACCCCCCGGGACGCGUGCAAGUACGGGCCGGACGAGGAGGAAGGGGACGAGGAGGAGGAAGAGGAGGAAGGUGAGUCCUCGGACGGCGAGCCUCGGCUCCUCCCGCCGCCCACCCCUCGGGGGGCCGGGCCCAAGGGGGGAGCGGAGCCCAGCCCGGGCGGGGAGCCCCCCGUACCCCCCAGGGGAGCAGCGGCCGGCGGCGACAAGACGCCGUCGGGGGCUGGCAAGAACCCCCUAGUGAAGCCGCCCUACUCGUACAUCGCGCUCAUCACUAUGGCCAUACUUCAGAGCCCCAAGAAGCGGCUGACGCUGAGCGAGAUCUGCGAGUUCAUCAGCGGCCGCUUCCCCUACUAUCGGGAGAAGUUCCCCGCCUGGCAGAACAGCAUCCGCCACAACCUCUCGCUCAACGACUGCUUCGUCAAGAUCCCCCGGGAGCCGGGCAAUCCGGGCAAGGGCAACUACUGGACGCUGGACCCCGAGUCCGCCGACAUGUUUGACAACGGCAGCUUUCUGCGGCGGAGGAAGCGCUUCAAGCGGCAGCCGCUGCCGCCCACGCACACCCACGCGCACCACCCGCACGCCCAUCCGCACCCGGAGCUGCUGUUGCGUGGAGGGGACCCCGGAGCCUUCCUCCCCAGCUUCGCUGCCUACGGAGCCUACGGCUACAGCUAUGGGCUGCCGCUGCCCGGGUACCACGCACACCACGCUGGUCCUCCGCAGCCCCCACACCCACACCCAGCCCCGCACCCCGGCCACCCCGCCGCCUUCUCCUUUGCCGCGGCGGCCGCCGCCGCCGCCCCGUGCCCUCUGGCUGCACCCCCACCUGCGCCUCCCCCGCCUCCGCCGCCGCCGGUGCAGGCUCAAGCGGCCCCGGCCCCGGCCCCAGCCCCAGGUCCCCCGACGGCUGCCGCCUCGCUCUUCGCCGCGACUCCGGCCGGCCUGCCCUCCUUCCUGGGAGCCGAGUUGGGCUGCCGGAAGGCCUUCUAUCCCGCGCAGCUGAGCCCCCCGGCUGCGGGCACGGCGGCCAGCUUGCCUGCGGCCGCGGCGGCCGCGGCUCUGCUACACAGCCUGAAGGCGGACAGUGGGGGAGGCGGCGGGGGCUCGGGGUCUGGGAGCGGGCCCGGGCCCGGGGGGCGGCCUUCAUUCUCCAUAGACCAUAUCAUCGGGGGCGCUGCGCCCCCGGCGGGCCCGGGUCCCGGAUCGGGCGGCGGAGGCGGCGGAGGCGGAACGGGCGCCGGGAGAGGGUCGCCUUCGUCUCCGUACGCUACUGCUCCGAGCGGGGGCCAAGCCCAGGUGCUGGCAGUGCUGCCCGCGCCCGCGCUGACGCCGGUGCCGGCCCACAUUCGCCUCUCGCACCCCGGGGACGCGCUGCUGCAGUCGGGCCCUAACUUCGCCAGCAAGAUCCCCAGCCUGAGUGGCUGCCACUUCUGAACAGUCUAAGGAUUCCGCGCCGGGAGAAACUGAGGGGACCGAACUUUCCAAAGACACUGGGAACUCUUCGCGUCCCCUUCUCCCCUGGCCCGUUCCCUCACUCGCCCGACCUGGCUCCACGGGGGCCGAAGGGAGGAAGACUUGCUGUGGGGAGUGAGAGUGUCUCCGAAGCAGCGUCAAUGCCCCCGUCACUCUCCUCGACCUGUGCCUCCCCGCGGGUUGGCCGCGUAUUUAUAAGCGUCCGCGUGGGUCUCUCUGUGGCCCGAGGAGGACAAGGGCUGAGGACCGCGUCGGCCUGAGACCGGAGCCUUUCCAAUUGUAUCUCUUUAGAACCGAGCGAUGACCGGAGAUCCGGGUCCCGGGUCCCAGGCCUCGGGCCGCAGCCAGACGGCCUUCUCUGAUCGCGGAGCUGGGGAGCAAAGGCAAAGAUCCGGAUUUUUUCGUGCCAACCGGAAAACCCUGUGGGGGGAGGGGUGGUGGUGGCGGGGAGGGACGACGGGAAGAGGGCUUUUGGUUAGUGAGCUUCCCCCCUUGGAUCUGGCUUGCCCGCUUCCGAUGGAUGGGACCCCGGAUAAUUGCCUGCUCUCUGCUUCCCACAGUGGCCGGUCGGACGCGGCCUCCACCAGGCGGUGAGAAUUCCAAACCCCCCACUUUCCACUCCCUUUUCCCCAGCUCUGAGGUCGGAGUUUUCUCCGGGUUUCCCUUUAAAAGAAACAAGCAAAAGAAUUUCGAGAAGCGAAAGGCACGGAGAUCUCUUUUCUCCCCUGUUUGUGGGAGGCGGGGAGCGAGGCCUAGAGCCUUCGUGCCCCCCAUCCGGUCCCGGACCUCCCGCUGGAAUCCCUCCCCGGCCCCUGGAAGGUACUUGUAAAUAGUUCAGAGCUGGCCUGCCCUCCCCCGUGGGAUCUCUCCAGGGGCUCGGGCCUGGGGCUCUUUUGCUACGGGCACGGUCCACGAGAGGGGAGACCUGGGCAGUGAUAGACUGGGUGGUUCUGUGACCCCUUUCGGAUGGUUUUCCGUGGAAGCAAAGGGAACCUCUGCAACUCGCCCCAUUCCUCCGCGCGGCCCUAUUCCCCUCUCCCACUUUCCUGCCGGCCUCGCCCUUCCAUUCCUGCUCCUGCCCCUGCCCCAAUUGGUGUCAAAGAAUAAAUGUUUGUGGAUUUCACUGAA